CCCCUAAGCAGUCACAGUGUAGUGCGUUGACCUCUUUCAAAUAGCCACAGUCCAGGAAAGCCUCUGUAAUAAUUAGUUCCACUUCAAUACUUAGCUUCUAAGUUCCGGUCACAUCGUCAUUAAAUGCACUAGGGGCCGUCUUUGGCUCUGCACGCCCUGAGCGCAUUGCUUCCGAGCUGUGCCGGUCCGAGUGGUCAGAUGUGACCCCCGAGAGACUCAGAGACUGGGGCAAAUUUUCAGAAAGUAGGAGAAAUUAAGCACAGGGAGUCUAGCCAUGGUCAGGAAUGACUUUGAUAAGACAUACCACCACAUAGGAGGAGCUGUCACCGGGGAAUCCACGGAUGUUGCCCGCAGCACAACUGCAGAUGCGCGCCUGAGGAGAUCAAGUCUUAACAAGUGAAACCUGGAAUUAAAUGACUGAUAUCGUUUCGGGAAAUAUGGUGUAAAGUACUGCACUCCAGUAGCGCGCAUACACAUGAACGCCGCUGGGCUCGCGCGAUCCAUACACGAGCGCUAUGCGGCUGCGGACAGCUCGCGACAGCAUCGGCUCUCUGGCGUUUGAGGUUCAUCCAAAGCAAGAUCUGCAAGUUGAGCUUCCAGUGCAGAAGAUGACACAGAGUAAAUAGGCUCUCACCUUAAAGGUCAUUCAUUUUCCUGUGCAACAAUUAUGCUGCCAAAAGAGCAACACAGUGAUGGCAAGGCCGCCAAAACCUCCUGCUCUGAACAAAAAGCCAUGACCAUGAAGAAAGAAAAGAAGGAGGUUGUUUAUGUGGAUCCACCAGAUGGCGGUUGGGGUUGGAUGGUGGUUCUGCAUUGUUUCCUGGUGAACGUGUUGGUAAUGGGUACAUUGAAGAGCUUUGGGAUCUUCUUUGUGGCACUGCAGGAUGAGUUUGGAGGUUCGUCCGAGAGCAUCAGCUGGAUUGGAUCCAUCAUGUCCAGCCUCAGGCUCUCUGGAGGUCCUUUGGCCUCGGUGGCCUGUGCCAAGCUGGGGAACAGGGUUACCUCCAUAGUGGGGGCGUUUUUUGUCAGCGCCGGCUUCAUCUCCAGCAUAUUUGCCACCAGCGUGAUCUACCUUUACUUUAGCAUGGGGAUAGUUGUUGGUCUCGGGUUUGCUCUUCUUUAUCAGGCCACAUCUGUUGUAACAGUGACCUAUUUCAGAAAGAGGCUGGCAACUGCAUAUUCUAUUGGACGCUCUGGCAUGGGUUUGACCUUUGCCCUCGCUCCUUUCACUCAGCUGCUUUUGGAUCAGUAUGCUUGGCAGGGAGCUCUUUUGAUUUUGGGAGGCCUGAUGCUGAACCUGGUGGCUUCUGGGAUGCUUUUGCGGCCCAUUAAUGUUAGACCUCCAGCUUUUCUCAUGUCAAACUCCAGCCUUCACAUAGCUGGAUCUGAAAAAGAUCCUCUUAAGAACCAUAUGAAUGGCAACACAUCUAUAUCCAAUGGCACUUCCAAAAUGGACAGCUCACCUCCCAUUCACAGGGACACACUUAUAAUAGAGAACCCCGUUCACGAACAGAACACUCUCCCACAUUUGGAACUCAAAAAAUCUAUCCAGAAUGGGGUGAACGGUACAGACGGCAGCCAAAUUAAAACUUCCCCUGAGAUGAAUGGGGUUUCUCCUGUGGAUUCGUUACUUGAGAACAGCAGAACAGAAAAUCUUCCUGAAAACCCCCAAAAAGUGCUGGACUUCUCACUGUUGAAGAACCCUUUCUUUUGCAUCUACACUUGGUCGCUGGUCUUCAGUCAGCUGGCAUAUUUUAUCCCUUACUUCCAUUUGUCUGCAAGGGCCCGGAACCUGGGUAUCGACCCUAUGGAUGCUUCCUUCAUCAUCUCUGUAGCUGGUAUAACAGAGACAGUGGCCCAACUUGCAUCUGGCUGGGUGACAGACAGGAAUCUGAUUCACAAGUAUCACUACCAUAAGGCCUACCUGAUCCUGUGUGGUGUGGUCAAUCUUCUCUCCCCUCUGGCCACCUCAUACAUCUUACUCAUGGUCUACGCUAUCUUCUUUGCCAUCUUCUGUGGGGGGUACAUGGCUCUCCUACUUCCUGUGCUGGUGGACUUGGUGGGCUCUGAAAAGCUGAACAAUUCGAUGGGGUUCUCAAUGUUCUUUGUGGGGCUUGGCUGUCUAACAGGUCCUCCUUUGGCAGGCUUCCUGUACGACUACACUCAGACCUAUGACUGCUCCUUCUACCUGGCAGGUGUGUGUUAUCUGUUAUCGUCAGUUUCUCUUUUCCUCGAGCCUCUGGCAAGACGCUGGCAAGCCCGGAAGAAGCGGCUAGAGGCGCUAAACCAAGAAAUGAUGUGGAGUAAUGGCUGUUUCUGCCCGGCACCUCAGAGGAAUGGUGUUGUAUAAUAAAGGACUUAACUCAAAGCCAUUUUACUUUCCACCAUGUCAUGUGGUUCACCCACUGAGGGCUGAUCGGAAGAGGACCUGACCUGAACAUUUGGCGGGACCACAGCGUGGCAAGCAAAUGAAUGUUCAUUUGAAUGCAGAGACCAAUAAAUGAAUGCUUCAGGACACUACAAUGCAAACUACUUUGUGUUGAGAAUGGAGUUGGUUGAAUUGUUUUAUAUAAAUCUUCUUCUUGCUUCUCUCACCGCCAUCUUUAAUGGCAAUCAGAUCAGCACGAGAACAAAAUGAGGAGCCUUCGUCACCCUGUAAGCUUUUAUUUUACAGCACAUGAUAAAUCUGGAUCUUCCUACAUUAGAAAGUUACUCAAAUGCUUCCACUGAUACGAUUGUAAAUUUGUAUCACAGGACACAUAAUACUCACUUUUUGUCAGAUGGGGAUGGGUCUAUGCAAUAAGCCUAUUUUUUGAGCCUUUAAUGCGUUCAUGUCUGUUGAUGUUUUUUGCUAUGAGGCUCAGUACUGUGUAAAGGACUGCAUGAAGCCAUAAUGGCUGACAACAACAGAUUUUGUCAUUGGUGCCCCAACUGGAAGACAUUUUAGGCCAGAAUGUUUCAGACAUGGACUUCUUUCUUUUUUUUCCACUUGUGCCAAAUCAGUCACACUGUCAUUUACUGCUGACAACAACCAAGAGAUUUUUUGGAACAAACCGCUGUGUGAAUACAAGUGAAUAUUCUUCUGAUGCCAAGUUUUGCAAGAAUUAGGUCAGUUGGCUUGUGGGUUCAUGUGUACCUGUACAAGAGGCCCAGACGCUGAGCAUUUAUAUUGAGCGUUCUCUAAAGUGCAAAUCCUUUAUACUUAUCCUUUAUACUCAUUUUUAUUUUUAUGUUCUGAUUUUGUUGGGUAUGCUACAGUGCACUGUUUAUCACCACUGUUUGCCUUUGUACACAAUGACUGUGCUAAAUAUCCUGUGAUGAGAGCCAAAGAUGCAAUAGAAAUAUAAUUUAUCAAUCUAUGCAUUUGAACAUGUCCUGUGUUGAUAGAAAUCUGCUUACUGCUCACAUGUUGUAGUUCUCUCUGGUAAUGUGGUUCUGUGUGAGCUGUUGCCCUCUAGAGGCACGAAAGAUGUACUGCUACUGGAAUGUUGCGUCAAUUAACAGGCAGUCCAUGUUCUGGAAUGUCCAGUUCUUUUCUUUCAUCAGCCAAGUAAUGACAAACUAAGUAUUUCCUAGAAGACACGCACAAAUGUGACAAUUUAACAAAUAAUAACAAUACGCCAUUGAAGUCAUUGGCCACUGAUUUUUUGUUUUUGGCAGCAAGCUUUUCCUUAUCACAUUUAAUUGUUUAAUGAAAGCGGGGUUUUUGAAGAAAUGAGUUAGUGUUUUGGAAAAUUUGUAUAAGUUGUUUUAAACUAGCCUUAAAGACAGUUAAGGGGACGCAAUAACACUAUUAAUGUCAAUGACAGACUUCACCAGCUAUACUGUACUGUUAGUGAUUUUGUACUUUUGGAAAAAUGUGAUGGCAAGAUGCUGGCCAGAAGAUUAUAAGAUGAACGUUU